AUGGGCGGCAUUAUCGACACAAACGUGACGGCGACCGAAUUGGCGACGACGAACACCAUUGGUGAAGAAUCGCCAAAUAAAAUGACACUCAAAUUCUCUGUCGAACGACUUGUCGAGGACCGAAAAAUAGAAAAGGAAUCCGAUGUAGACAUCGAAGAAGAGGAUGACGAUGAGGAGGAGCCGGAAAAAUCGAAGGACGAACCAAUGGCUCAGACACUUUCCUAUUUCGACGUUCUUCUUCCACAUGUUCAAAUGGCGUGUUCGAACCCGUUCAUUUCAAGUCUCGGCGAGCAACAAACGCAACCAUCUGGCCAAAUAUGGCCGAGCUCAUGGCUCGAAUUAUUGCACAAUUCGACGGCAGCCCAAUUCGGCGAUGUGACAGCUGGCUUGUUCCUUCAGCCAUUGCGCAAGAACAAACGGAUUCGAACCGCAUUCAGCGCAUCGCAAUUGGUUGCUUUGGAGAAGGCGUUCGAAGGCAAUCACUAUGUGGUCGGCAACGAGCGGAAACAAUUGGCAGCUCGACUAGCAUUAACCGAGACUCAGGUCAAAGUGUGGUUUCAAAACCGGCGGACCAAACACAAACGGAUACGGCUUGAAAACGGAUCAGACACUACGACCACCAUGUCAAAUGAAGACGAUGAAGAAGAUGACAACAAAUCUUAA